UGGAGCCUGAGCGGACACUGUUUCUGUCUGUCCGUCCAGGACUGUCUCUCUGUCUCGCUGUGGAUUUAUAACGGAGCGGUGCCGGAAGAUGCUUUAUUCCCGUUUUGUCCCGUCUUUGUGGAAAUAGCCGGAGCUGUUGUGGAUGCAUGUGUGUUCGGGCUGCACAUCCUGUCUGGUGUUCUGGAGGAGCAGCAGAGCCACAAAGAUUAAUGUACGGAUGAGUGACUCAGGACCGGGAUCAAAUUAUAUCUCUUCCUGGAUUGGAGAUAUCUUUGUCACUGAUUGGCCCUCCUGUGAAGCUACUUGUGAUUGGACAAUCUUGGGUUCAAGACGACACACACCAUGACCUGCUGACAUCAUCACACAUCCCCUUUUACUCUCCUAAAAAAUGGCUUCGCCCAGCUGGUUUUCACCGUGGCGACGGUCGCUGCUGCUUAUCCUUGCUACCUGUUUCCUGUCUGAGUUCGCCUCCAGCACGCACUUCCCCAGAGACCUGGAGCCAAUAAGUGUGGUCGGCUCGGCACAGGCGUACCAGUUUCCAGGCUUCCAGGGUCUGCUUCAGGACAACGACACCCUGCGUCUGGGUCUGGACUUUCAGAGGCUGCUGCGCAUCAACCACAUGCUGUACAUCGCUGCCAGGGAUCACGUGUUUGCAGUGAACCUGACGACAGCUUCAGAAGAGUUUUUCCCUCAGCUGAAGCUGACAUGGCGAUCUGAAGACGUCAGCAAGUGUACGGUCAGAGGAAAGAAUAGCGACGAGUGCUACAACUACGUCAAAGUGCUGGUGCCGCGAGAUGACGAGACGCUGUUCGCCUGCGGUACCAACGCCUUCAACCCCACCUGCAGGAACUACAAGGUGAAGUAACUGUCAGUGCUGCGGUAGGCUGCACACUGAAUAUAUACCCCACAUCUGUUCUAAC